AAUUGGAUUCACCAGAAGUCCCACUAAUAACAAAUGAAAAAUCUUCCAUGCUAGAAAAAUACAUUGAUCAUCUUAAAGGAAAGCUCACACCUCAAAAAAGAAAUACAGUUUCUAGCAUUAUUGACAGUUUUAAUUCAAAAUAUUACAUGAGUGUUCCUUUAGCACAACAUUCUCAUAGUAGACUUGCUGUUCAAACAAUGGCUUCUAUGAUUAUAGGUAGAAUAAACGAAAGCGAAAAUGUUUUAGACGGUGGUGCCUCUUUUGUAAAUUUAACUCCUUUUGAUGGUCAAACUAACUCUUCAGCUAAGAGCCCCACUUUCAUCAAUGAUGAUCAUAUACGAAAUAUUAAGUUUAACCGAUAUAAGCUUACAAGUAAAGAAAUGGUUAAUGCAAAUGAAAAUGCCCCUGUGAUAAAAUUUAUAUUCACCAAAAUUUAUCAAGACAAAAAUGUUACCGAUGGUAGAUUCCUCCCAGGACAUUUUAUUGAGUUACAAGCUAAAGUAAAUGGUCAAGUAGUAGUUAGAAAAUAUAAUCCUUUGGGAGGUAGAAUGUCUAAAUCAUUUUCAAUAUAUGUCAAGAUUUAUCAAAAUGGUCUUUUGUCUCAGCACUUGAACCAGCAACUUGUAGGGUAUGAAAUUUUAGCCCGUGGACCAUUUUCCACUGCAAUGUACCCACCUAGAUCACCGUCUUUAAUUAGUCCUAAAUUAUCUCCUUCUUUACGUGGAAUUGCAAAAACUCCUUUACUAAACCCAAAUAAUCCUAAUGGCUGUUGGAAUGAAUUGUAUAUGAUUGCUGGUGGUUCGGGGAUAACGCCCAUGUUACAGUUGAUUCUAUACCAAUUGGAAAAAUCAUCAAAAGAAACUGAUCUAAGUCUUCGUUAUAAUAAUAGAAUGCAUCUAUUAUAUGGAAAUAAUACAAUAGAUGAUAUUGUUGAUUUUAAAUUACUUGAAAAUUUAGCCAUGACAAGUCGUGGACAACUUACAGUAACAUAUAGCCUUGUAUAUCCACCUGAUGAUUGGGAAGGUUUAGAAGGAAGAUUAAAUUCAGGUGUAAUAUCAAAAUGGUUUCGUAUUAUAAGAGGUGAAACUCUUAUUUCAUCAUCUCCAAAUAUACCUCUUGCUUUACAAACAUAUCAUAUGAAAACAUUAUCUCCUAAAAUUCAACAUCAUGAUGAUGUUACAAGUGAAUCAGGGUUAAGAGAAAUUGAAUCAUCAACUGGUAGAUUAGUUCCUAAUAUAAGAAAACUUGUACAAGGCAAGAUUGUUGUUUGUGGACCACAUGCUAUGGUAAAUACUGUUGAACAAGUAUUACUUGAGAUGAG